CUUUACGAUUGGGUUUUAAUUCUUUUUUGAUGUGAAAUCUACAUCAGAAUGAAGAUUUUCCUUCUAUCACAGAAGAAUUUGAAGGCGAUUGUAAUUUGCGGCCUUAUAUUAAGUUUAGUAAUUCUGUAUUCAGAGCUAACCCCCGAAAUGAACUUACACGGAUUAGUGAUCCAAACUGUGGACAGAGAAUCACCACCUCUAAGGAAAUAUCGCACAUACUGGGUUGAUAUGGAGCCUUACAUUACCAACAAUCUGAAGCUCUAUAAUAGCUCUAGAUGCAGCGUCCCGAAUUGCAUCUUGGCGAAUAAUAUUUCCAAUGCAGAUAUUGUUGUGUUCAGCCACCGACACAUUCCAAAAAGUACUUUAAAUAAAAGAAAAGGUCAAAUUUGGAUUUUUUAUUCCGCUGAAAGUCCAUAUCACACACAUAGACCAAACAAAGAAUGGAUGGACCGUUUUGAUUUGUCAAUGUCUUAUAUGGACGAUUCAGAUAUCCAUGUGCCAAUGUAUGGAAAAUUUCAAAAACGACAAAAAAUUCUGAAGAGAAACUACAGUGGUAUAUUAAUCAAUAAAACAAAAGACGCAGUCUGGGUUUCAAGCCACUGUGUUACCCCUUCGAGGAGAGAAAACUUGGUAAAAGAACUUAGUAAAUACUUAACAGUUGAUACUUAUGGCGGAUGUGGUAAUAAGAAAUGUGGUCGUCAAUAUGAUAGACUACCCAAGUGUCAAUCCUUGUUUGAAACACAUUACAAAUUCUAUUUUUCCUUCGAAAAUUCAAUCUGUAAACAGUAUACAACGGAAAAAUUACGUAAUCUUUUCACCCACAGCGCUACACUAAUUCCUGUCAUAAAUGGACCAAACGAUGCAUCUCGAUAUAUCCCGAAAGGAACGUAUAUUAAUAGUCAGGAUUUCGCUAAUGCUAGUUCACUAGCAAAAGAAUUAAAAAGGAUCGGUUCAAAUGAAGCAGAGUAUAUUCGUUAUUUGACGGAAAAAGACAAGUAUACAUGCCAAACAGUUGACAAAAUAGUACCUAGUGCACAAUGUACCUUAUGUAAACAUCUAGUGGAUAUAGGAAAGGGGAAAAAGACAAGAAAAAACAAUUCAUGGUUUAAAAUUUUGGACCCGAAAUUAUUUUGUACAGUUCCAAAAUACUAAUUUUUUUUUCAUAAAGUAUUAAGAACA